AGUGGAAAAGCAACUCCCCUUGGCUUAGGCCUAUUGAUAACUCUGUUAUUUAUGAGCCAGUGUCAUGUGAAAUCGUGGCCAAAAUCGUUCAAUUCAUUGACUGGAUAAAUUAGAACAGGUUGUCUUGGUGCGUACGUUUGUAGGAUAUGUUGUUACCGGGGACGCUAUUUCUUAUCGCCUUAGCCUUUACGUUUUAUGUCGACUGCACAUCGAAUGUCAGCGUCCAGAAAAGUAGGAUCUGGGGACCGGGUUUACAUGCAGAUUUUCUUGUUCCAGUUAGAUAUUUUUAUGUCCAGCUUGUCAACAAAGAUGGUUCGAAUGUGACAGAAUCAGUUGGAGAGGACGCUAUCACUGUGUCCGUUGUCAGUGGAGAUGGGUCUCCAUCCAGGAUUUGGAGUCAAGUCCUCGAUCGCCAUGACGGCUCUUACAUUGUCCGUUAUCGUCUGUACUCUACUACAUCCGGUCUUCAGAUAAGCGUGCAUUUCAAAGGCCGUCACAUUGCUGGCUCCCCCUAUCGGAUCGCAGGUAAUAUUUAUCAUGACACAUGUGACUGUCCGCACCAAACAGUGGAGCAGUGGGCUCAGUUCGUGGGAUGUCCUGCCACUUACUCACAGAUCCGGGAAGACCUGGAAAUAUUCAAGGACCUCGACAUGACCAAAGUGGCCAAAGAGGCGGUGGAGAGAUACAACCGGGACGGACAGCAUAGCCUGUGCCACUACAAGAUCGUGGAGAACAAGGUGUACAGGAAGUGCUACGGUCAGCACGUAGGUUUCAAUAUGUUUGGCGACGCCAUUCUACUCUCACUCACACGUAAGAUGCUUUUCCCAAACUUUGAGUUUUUUCUAAAUCUUGGUGACUGGCCUCUGGUGACCAGAAAACAGAAUCCACUUCCGGUAUUCUCCUGGUGUGGCUCGAAGCAGACAUUUGACAUAGUCUUGCCCACUUAUGACAUCACGGAGGCAACUCUCGAAAUGAUGGGCAGGGUAAGCCUGGAUCUGUUCUCUACACAGGCCAACACUGGACCUAACUGGGCCAACAAAUCAAACACUGCGUUUUGGCGAGGCAGAGACAGCAGACGUGAGAGGCUAGAUCUUGUGGAAAUGUCUCUAAAAAACCCAGAUCUUAUCGACGCAAGACUGACCAACAUGUUUUUCUUCCCUAAAAACCCAGAAAAGUUUGGCGAGUUGGUGAAACAGGUCUCAUUUUUCGACUUUUUUAAGCACAAAUACCAGCUGAAUAUUGACGGUACUGUAGCUGCCUACAGGUUCCCUUAUCUCUUGGCUGGGGACUCUGUUGUUUUCAAGCAGGACUCGGACUAUUACGAACAUUUUUACAGGGAGCUGACGCCUUACGUUCACUACAUCCCCAUCAAGCAUGACCUCAGUGACGUCAUCGAGAAGAUCAAGUGGGCCAGGGAAAAUGAUGAGGAGGUUCAUCAAAUAGCCAAAAAUGGUCAACACUAUGCUCGAGCACACUUAACUCCUGCUGACAUAUUGUGUUAUCAUGUCAGGGUCUUUCAGCACUAUGCCAGUUUAAUAAAGAAAGGAACAAAGGGUAUCAAAGAGUUUGAUCUAGUCAAUAACCCCGAUGAUAGAGACAAGUGCAACUGUCCAAAGAAAAAGGUAACAAAACAUACAGAACUCUGAAGUGAAAGACAUCUUUAGAUUUAUUUUGUUAUUUGUACACAUAAUAAUUAUUUAUAUAAGGUGAUCACUGUUAUUGUUGAACAAUGGUGAUGCUUUGUGGGAUGGCUUUUGUGUUUAUUUUUAUGCAAACAUUUAUGGUGCUUUGUCAGUAACUAUUAGAACUAGUUUUCAUAUUAUGUUCUAUACACAUUCCUUGUGAUAUAUAAAUUAGAGCCUAGGCUUUCUCUGGCAGAGAAUGUUAUACUUUAUAACUAGUAACUAACAGUCUACUACUGGAAUACCUUUUUCUAGAAAUGUUAAAAUACUUUUGUGAAAAUUAGAAAGAUCCUACAAUUCUUGUUACUGAUAUUUGGAAGAACUCCCCCCCCCCCCCCCCGAAUGUUUUCUCACAUUGAAUAAAAGACUUUUUUAUUUUUAUAAUCUACAAAAGAAAUAAUUAAAACACUGGUUUAUUUGACUAUUUUAUUAUUUAUUACUAGUAGGCCCUAAUUGUCAAUUAAAAAUUAUUUUUGUCUAAACUUACUUUGUAAAAAAAAAAAUGUCAUGCUUUAUAAAAAAAAAGCCAAAAUGUUUAUUUGUUAUACCAUGACAUGAGUAUUAUCUUUUCUUAGUUUAUACAAGCUAAUUAUUUACAAAUUAUGCAAUUCUUGUUAUUAUAUUAACAUUACAGUGUGUCUGUUACUGCCUCCAUAAUGAAUCAUUUAAAGACAUAAAUCAUGAGGUCAAUAUAAACUGAGACAAGUGAAAAUUAAUAAUAAAGGAUGACUUUCCAAUUAAAGACUUUUAGAAUGACCAGUAUAUACAUACAUACAUUACUUUAAAUGAAAGCAGUGUGUAUCUGUAUAAAUGUAUGUAUGUAAUUAUUUUGUUGAUCUGGUAUGUACAAUCUCUAUUUACAAUUUUAAUAUAGAUAUAAGUUUAACAAAAUAUUCAAAUGAAAUAAUGUUCAUUUCAAUCUAUUUUUCCCAUUAAUUCAUUGCAUUACAAUUUAUUGUUACAUUCAUGGAGUUCGAAGAGUUUUGUGAGCCUUAACAAUUCAUACUGCUCUUUUUUCUGUCUCUAAAGUACACGAUUAUUUUUAAAUCGUCUUUUUAUAUUUCUUUCCAUGACACUGAACCCAUUUCUAUUUCUAUUAUUGGUGGGUUGGGUUCAGUGAUAUAACUUUCAAAUUAAGUGCACUUUAAAAAAAUUUUUUCAUUUGUAUUCCUUAUCUAAAAAUAUUAAUAAAUGCAUGAUCUGUGAUGUUUGAAUACAGCCUACAAGAGAGAAGUUGAAAUGCCUGUACCAAGUUAAUGCAUAUCAAAAUUAUUUUUGCCAAAUGUAAUUGUUGCAUGCCAAAAAUACUAAUGAAUUUCUAGUCCAUUUUUAAAUACUUUUUUAAUGAAAUAAAAUAUUUUAAGAUUAUAA